AUGGGGUGUCGCGGGGGACCCCUGCGUACGACACCGGCGCUUUGCUCAUCUGUAACUUGCUGCCGUCCCCGCGAUUUUGGACCGCGCGUGUCGAGAAGGCGAAAAGGCGGGGGCCACUUGCGGCGGCGGUGGGAGAGAGUCGGAGGUGUCGGGCUUGGUUUUGUUGUUGUCGGGGUGGUGAAGUCAGUGAGACACCUUAGGCCGAGUCCAAGCGGAGAAGCCAUCGUUGGCUGCAUAGCCUAUGGAAUAGCGGUACAUCCCAGUUUGCGGCCGCGGUCGGGAGCGCUGGUUGUGGCGGAGCUUGCUCGCCGAGUGCCCUCAUGUUGCUUCUCUCGCCCACAGAAAUCCUACGAGCACUUGGCAAAAAUACGAGUAGCUAGAGAAGCGGCUCCAGAGUGCAACUGCCCACCAGGUCCUCCAGGGAAAAGAGGUAAGCGGGGAAGAAGAGGAGAGACAGGACCUCCUGGUCAGCCUGGUCCUCAAGGCCCUCCUGGUCCAAAAGGCGAGAAGGGAGAUCAAGGUGAUCAGGGCCCUCGGAUGGUGUUUCCUAAAAUCAAUCAUGGGUUUCUCUCUGCUGAUCAGCAGCUCAUUAAACGCCGCCUCAUUAAGGGGGACCAAGGACAAGCCGGACCCCCUGGACCUCCAGGGCCACCAGGACCCAGAGGUCCCCCAGGAGAUACCGGCAAAGAUGGUCCUCGUGGGAUGCCUGGCUUAACGGGUGAACCAGGGAAACCAGGAGAACAAGGAUUGACGGGACCUCAGGGGCCUCCAGGACAAAAGGGUUCCAUUGGAGUGCCUGGUGUUCCAGGGAGAGAUGGACAAGUGGGUGAACCUGGUUUGCCUGGCAUAGCAGGAGAAAAGGGAGCAGCGGGGCUUAAGGGUGACCCUGGAGAAAGAGGAGAAAAGGGGGACGCUGGAGAAAAUGGACUGAAGGGUGACACGGGAGAAAAGGGUGACCCUGGUUCUUCUGCUGCAGGAAUCAAGGGUGAACCUGGUGAAUCUGGACGGCCUGGACAAAAGGGUGAACCAGGUCUUCCUGGGCUUCCUGGACUCCCUGGAAUAAAGGGCGAACCAGGUUUCAUUGGUCCUCAAGGAGAACCUGGCUUACCAGGGCUACCAGGAACAAAGGGUGACAGAGGAGAGGCGGGCCCUGUUGGGAAGGGUGAGCGAGGUGAGCCUGGAGUCCCUGGACCAAAGGGGAAAACAGGUGAACCUGGAUCUAGAGGCCCAAAAGGGUCAAAGGGUGAUACAGGUGACAGAGGUGACACAGGAUCUGCAGGUCCGCGAGGACCACCUGGACAGAAGGGUGAUCAAGGUGCGACAGAGAUAAUUGAUUAUAAUGGCAAUAUCCAUGAAGCUCUGCAGAGGAUUGCCACCCUGACUGUCACGGGACCACCAGGACCACCAGGACCCCAAGGGCUGCAAGGGCCAAAGGGUGAACCAGGAUCCCCAGGAACGCCGGGAGUUGAUGGAGAGCAGGGUCUUAAGGGCUCAAAAGGAGAUACAGGUGAUCCUGGAAUGCCUGGAGAAAAGGGAGGAAUUGGACUGCCUGGCCUGCCAGGAGCCAAUGGUAUGAAAGGUGAAAAAGGAGAUGCUGGUUUCCCUGGUGCCCAAGGUCCUUCAAUGAUAGGACCACCUGGACCACCAGGGCCACAUGGUCCUCCAGGCCCUAUGGGACCUCAUGGACUUCCUGGCCCCAAGGGUGAACCAGGGUUAAAUGGUCUUAAAGGAUUGAAGGGUGAACCAGGUCAAAAGGGUGACAGAGGGCCCCUUGGUCUUCCAGGAGCAUCUGGCUUAGACGGAAAGCCAGGACCCCGGGGUAUAGAUGGCUCAGUUGGUCCCCAUGGCCCCGCAGGUCCUAAAGGAGACAGAGGUGAAAAGGGGACUGUAGGUGACCCUGGACCCAGAGGACCGUACGGCUUGCCUGGCAAAGAUGGCGAGCCUGGCCUUGACGGUUUCCCUGGUCCUCGAGGAGAAAAGGGUGAUAUAGGAGAAAAGGGAGAAAAGGGGGAAAAGGGAAAGAAAGGCAAAAAGGGGCCUAAAGGGGAGAAAGGAGAACAGGGUGCUCCUGGAUUAGAUGCACCUUGCCCAUUGGGUCCCGAUGGAUUACCAAUGCCUGGCUGUUGGCAAAAGUGAUGAAUCUAACCUUACAAGCAUGAAGUUGUGUAUAUAGCGCUCCACUUCUUUUAUUUAUAGUUGAAAACUGAAAAUUUGGUUUUACAAGUCUGAGAUAUGUUUACAUGUAGCUGCUUCUACUUGUUUGCAAUAGUCCAUACGUACUUUUUCACUUACAUCUGCAGUUAGGUGAUACUGCAGGGUAAACCUGCAAAGAUUGUCUCUCUAAUGAGAGAUAUCAAAACAACGAUCAAUAAUAGAAAUUAAUAUUUCUGUAAAUUCUUAUAUUUUGGCUUGUGGAUAUGCAUGGACAAUGAGUGCCAUGAACUAGUUUACAAGAAAUUGUGACCAAAUAAGAGCAAAAUUCUAUAUGUACUGUACCAGCUGCCAUUGGAGUUUAUUGACUUGGUUUCCGUGUCCAUCUUAAAUACUUCACUGAUUCAUGACACCAUAUCUGCUUGUAUGAACUAAAAGCAUGAGUUCGUGUGCCAAACCUGCUUGUUGUGUGAUCACGUCACGCGCUAAAUGGCUGCUCACGGUGACCUUUGAUUCCAGCUUCUGAAUAAUUUCCUUUUGUCAUCUCAAGGGAGUCACACCAUGGCUCAUUGCUAAAAAGAGAUAAACCAGAGGAGCAUAGAAAGAGGCCUUGAAUUUUUGGGGAAUAGAGUUCCAGCUGCAGGUGGAUGGCUUCCAGUCUUGCGGGAUACUUGGCCCCUUUGAUCAAAGAGGGUCGCGCCUGUUUAUCAGCAUCAGUUUGCCUUGCACUGCUCACGGUCGUGAAGAUAUUCACGAUAGGCCCUGUCGAGUCCUCAAUCAAGAAGGAAAGAAGUUUGAAGAAACCAGACUUCUCUGUGGGUUGUUUGAAAAGGUUGCAGAGGUGCUGCAGGGAUCAUUUGAUGGCAGACACCGCCUGAGACCAGAAGCUUCUCAACCUUACUCAAGGAUGGACAGAGUAUGUGCUCUGCAUAUUGUAUUUUGGGACUGCUGGAGGAAAAAGCAUUCUUGAGGUGGGGAUGAAUUGGAUCAUCCUCCAGAGGAGGAUUAUAAUGGAACUGACCAUAGAUGUAUGUACCAUGGUGUGGUUUUCAGGUUAUUCACUUUAAAUUACACAAAACUAGCUGAACUUUUCUGCAGGAUUUUGGAAGCUAUGGUUAAUUUUGUUUCCUUUCCUGUAACUGUUGCCAUAAAGAAUGCAUUUCAAUAAUCUAUUCAACAUUUGUGAUGAUGGCAUUGAGGAAAAUACUUCAAGCCACAUACUCAUCUUGUUUCAGUAUUAGCAGUUUCUAUUUCAAAGUCUUUGAAGCCUUUAAGUCUAGAAAAGAAAGAGUUUAUUUUUGUGUUUCACAGACUGAUUUGUUAAUCUUGUUCCUUUUAUGUUGUUACAGUGACUUUAGCGGACAUUAUUACUCAAAAAACAUUGGAGAGAAACAA